AUGACAAAUAAAUCUUCUUCAAGUCUGGAUUUAUUCAAGCUUAUAAGGAAUUCUAAUGCCCAAGCAGCAAAUUCUAGUAGAUUGCAUGAUAAAAAUAGUUCUGAUAACAGUGAAUCUGAAGCAGAGUCUGAUGAAUGAAAAAAGCUCAAAAAAACUUCAAAGCUGAAAAUACUUGCCGCAGGGUUCCUCAAAUGUGCGUUUUCGGCCCAAAGCACAAAAUCAAUAGAAUCUCUCAAAUCAAAUCCAAACAAGUUCAAAAACUCUCUUCAGCACCCAGAAAGUUUUCAAAUCAUGAAAAGCCUUUAUAAGCUCAGUAGCAUCACAUCGAAACAUGAGCAGGAGAAAGACCAUACCCUCAACCCUGGAUUUAUAGACAUGGUCUCUAAAACAAUGAUAAAGUCCAGAAACAAGCGAAGCAUGGCAAGAACUUCUCAAGAAGAAGACGAUAAAGAGUUAGAAAAAGAAAGACUUAAAAUUCUCCAAAUAAUAAUUGAAGGAAACCACACUCCAGCAAAUAAAUAUUUACUGAAAGAUGAUAAAAAAAAUGUUGACCCAAAAAAAUCAGCCUUUGCAAAGAAAAAAAUUAUCGCUCAGCCAUUAAAGCAAAGUUUGUCAGUCCAAAAAAUCCCAAAGCUUCUGCUUCCAUUAGAGCUCGUAAACCCGAACCCUUUUAAAGAAGUUUCUUCCAGAGAGCUUAAUAAAAGUGCAAGUCCAAGGUCCUUUAUAAUAUCUCAAAGGCUUUACCCAAAGGAGAGACAUACUACACAUAAAGAAAUGAACCAUUCUCACAUCGAGCCAAUGAAAAGACACUGUUCUCCUUAUUUAACAAGGUUGAUUUAA